AUGCUCAGCAGAUCUCCAUUGGUACCUUUGAGAUUCCCAGCAACCGGCUUCAAAGUCAUUCCUGCGACUGAGUUGCUCGAAGAGGAACACUAUGAGGAGUUCAAGACGGGAAAUUACUGCCCAGUUAACAUUGGCGAUGUAUAUGGCUCCAACACAUACCAAAUACUCGGCAAGCUAGGAUUUGGAUCAACUUCGACGGUGUGGCUCGCCCGUAACCUACAAAAUCACAGAUAUUUUGCCUUGAAAGUGUUUACCCGAAAUCAUGGAGAGGCGUGUCGAAACGAGCUUCGAACCUACGAGGCCAUAGCCAAAGCGAAUCCUUACCAUCCUGGCCAUUCACAUAUUAGGACAGCAGUGGGCAUGUUUGAAAUAGAACGGCAAGGGGGUAAUCACCAGUGUCUUGUCCAGCCGCCGAUGUGGGAUAGCUGGAGAGACCUCCUCUACCGAAAUCCAAGCGGCCGAUUCUCCGUAGCGCUCCUGAAGGGUGGCCUGCGGCAUCUCCUACUAGCCCUAGACUAUCUACAUACAGAGUGCAAGCUCGUCCACACAGACAUUAAAGCGGAUAACAUACUACACGCAAUUGCUGACAAGGGGAUACUCGAAUCCUUCAUGAAAGACGAGAUGAAGAUGCCAUCCCCCCGUAAAUAUGUCGACAAGGCUCCUAUCUAUACGUCUAGACGCUUUGGUCUACCUGAAGACUUCGGUAGGAUCGUGUUAAGUGACUUUGGAGAGGUGGUGAAGGGUGAUGUUAAACGAAACCACAACGCGCAGCCGGACGUGUAUAGGUCUCCUGAGGUUAUGCUUCAAGCUGCGUGGAGCUACCCUAUUGAUAUAUGGAACGUAGGAGCCAUGAUCUGGGAUGUAUUUGAAGGCGGCCACUUGUUCCAUGGCAUAGAUCCAGAGAAAGGCUGCUACACAACCAGGGCGCAUCUUGCAGAAAUAAUCGGGCUUCUUGGCCCGCCAUCCCUAGACCUUCUCCAGCGAGGGGUUAGAAGCAAGGAGUUCUUCUCAGAAGAUGGUCAAUGGAUUGCGGACUGCCCUAUUCCUCAGGGUAAUAGCCUGGAGAAGACAGAGCUGGUCCUCACCGGGAGGAAUAAGGAGAUGUUCCUGAACUUUGUAAGGGGGAUGCUAACGUGGCGGCCAGAAGACCGCAAGACAGCGAAGGAGUUGCUGGAGGACCCGUGGCUGAAGACGUGGGAGAUAUCUGAUUAG